AUGGCCGACGAACCUCCUCCUCUGGAUGUGGAAGCUAGCCCUCCGCCAGACGAUAACGACGAAUUAUCAGAGGAUAACAUAUUCGGCAAGCCAUCAUUAGAUGAGCCAGAGCCUGCGAAAAAGGAAGAGACUAAAAAGGAAGAAGAUCUUUUUGGAGAGGAAGAGGAGACAGAGGCUCCACCUGCAUCCACUGAACGCCCACACACUGACAGUGAGCCACCAACACUGGAACCCGAUGACCCGGAGCCUCCUCCUCCAGUAGUGGAGGUACCUCCGGCUGCAGAGAAACCAGUCACCACCUCAGCUCCGAGUGGAGGGGAUCUCUUUGACGAAGAAGGAGAGGAGGAGCCUAAGCAGAAACCAGUUACACAGGAAGCCGAGGCUCCUGCUAGUAAGGAGGAAGAGGAGGAGGAGGAGGAAGAAGAGGAUAUUGAUCAAUAUGAGCUGACCAUUACUGUAGCCGAACCUGAGAAAGUUGGCGAUGGAAUGGGUGCUUACAUGACUUAUCUCGUCACGACAAAGACAACUCUUCCCUCGUUUAAAGAACCAGAAGUCUUUGUUAGGAGGAGAUUCAGUGAUUUCUUGGGUCUUUACUAUCGUCUGUCAGAGAAAUUCAUGUGCAUGGGAUACAUAGUCCCUCCAGCACCUGAGAAAAGUGUUACAG